UAUCUGGCAUCUACAAUUGACUCUUUUCAAUGUUGUACGCUGAUCUUAAUUACUUAUUCGAAUGAUUCGAAUAAAAUCUCAAUAUUCCUACGUUUUUUGUGUUACAUAGGUUUACACAGAGAGGAACUUUUUCGUUAUCACUGUUGGGACAAAGUUACACAAAGGUUGGCAUUUUUAUUGAAGGAUUUUGGUGGGUUUAGUAUGGAUCAGCAGUCACUGGAAAGAAUUGCUCUUCUAGAAGCUGAAAAUGAACGCACGGAGAUGGAGAUGAAUGCUGAAGUUGAAACUCAAGGGCAGAACCAGCAGAAAGUGUCACUCAACCAUGUCAACGAGCUAAACGGGUACGUAAAAAACAGAAAGCUUUGUGUUGGAACGAAUUUACAUCCGUAGGAAUAGAGGAAGAUGGAAAAGAAAGGGCUAGAUGUCACCAUUGUGGUAUUAAGUUGGUAGUAGAAAAGUCAUAUGGAACAUCAACAAUGAACCGCCAUCUAACACUUUGCCCCGAAAGGCCUCAGCCUGAAGCUAGACCUAAGUAUGAUCAUAAAGUUGAUCGAGAGAUGACUUCUGAGAGUGAAAUAUCCCACAGCCAAUAUUUAUUUCAUUCAAGUGUGGAAAAUUGAGUUGUUGUUGAAGAAAUAUGCUAAUUGUAAUGAUGUUGAUGUGAGAGAAAUGGCUAAGAAGAUGCAAAGGAAAUUUGCAAAGUAUUGGAAUGAAUAUAGUGUUAUUCUAGCUAUGGGAGCUGCCUUAGAUCCAAGACUAAAGUUGCAGAUACUUAGGUCAGCUUAUGACAAAGUGGAUCCCGUCACGGCCGAGGGAAAGGUUGAUAUUGUGAGGAAUAAUCUAAUUUCGCUUUAUAAAGAAUACCAAACUAAAUCUGCAAGUUCUUCGAACUCUUCAACCACACUUACUCCACACGAGCUUCUCAAUGAAUCGCCACUUGAAGCAGAUGUGAAUGAUGAUCUUUUUGAGCUUGAAAGUAGCCUCAUAUCUGCUUCAAAAAGUACCAAGUCAACUUUGGAAAUCUAUUUGGAUGAUGAACCAAGAUUAGAGAUGAAGACUUUCUCUGACAUGGAAAUUUUAAGCUUUUGGAAAGAGAAUCAACAUAGGUAUGGUGAUUUAGCUUCAAUGGCAUCUGAUUUGCUUAGUAUCCCAAUCACCACAGUAGCAUCAGAGUCUGCUUUCAGCGUUGGAGGACGGGUGUUAAAUCCUUUUAGGAAUCGUCUUCUUCCCCAAAAUGUUCAAGCAUUAAUUUGCACCCGCAAUUGGCUUCGUGGAUAUGCAGAUCUUGAAGGAGACAUCGAAGAACUUUUUGAUGAAGAAGAUAAUGAUGCUACAAAGAUGGCAAGUAGUUCAGGAGUUGGAGAUUCUAACACAUGAUGAGAAGUUUUAUUUGCUCAGUUUUGUUUUGGACAAAUAUCGGUAACAAUGUUUUAUAUUUCAGCAAAAUGACAGGAAACAAUGUUUUACA